GCUCGCUCACGAACCACAUACCUAUUUUAUAAUAAUGUUGGAACUGUGAGAGUAUUUUUCCUCUACCUGCCUCCGGUGAGGUGUUUCAGUGUGUUUGUAGUGCCUGUCAGACGGGUUUUCUCUCUCCAGCCUCUAUGUGUCUCUGCAGUUCUUAUACACACAGGAGACUACAAGCAGGAAGUAGAAAAAAAAAAAAACAGACAGCAGCUCAUGAAAAUAAGGAAGUAAACGCUGUCGGAUCGAAGCUGGAGCCCCCAUUUUUCUGCUGUAAAGUGAAAGUAGAUCAGUCGACAGCUCAGUAAUAGAAUUCAAUACACAACGGUUGUGCUAAGGAAGUUAGCCGUCAAGCUAAUUCCUCCACUGACUGCACAUUAUCUCAAAACAAGCCCCAGACAGAAAGAAAGAGGGGGAGGAAGACACAGACGAAGUUACUCCUCUUAUCCCCAGAAAUAUUAUCAGCCACCAUGGACCACAAAGGGGAACCCCAGGAAGGAGCUAUGGAGCUGAAACACGAGGAGCUGCCGCAGAUGGACGGGUCAUGUGAUGCAUGCGAGCCUGACGAGGCCCAGCCGGCCACACAAGUAUGCUACACCUGCAGCUUUGCCUUCUGCGCUGCCCAUGCUGACAGACAUGCCAGCAGCACCCAUCACCCCAUAAUGCCUUACAAUCACGAGGGGGCACAAGCUAAUAGGGUUGGCACCAGCAGAGAUUUCCGAGUUGGAGAUGGAGCUGAGGAUGAGGCUGGUGCGGAGAGGGCAGCUGGAAUGGACGCGAACCAGAGGAUGGCACUUUUUGGAGUGGCAGUGGCUAACGACAGUGGUGAUGGAGAAGGAGCCCAGAAUGGUCUGCUGCCGGAGGCUGGGCUGGGUGACGGAGCUGAGGGUGCAGAAGCAGUGCAGGAGGUCAUGGCUGCUGGAGAGGCUGGCAAGAGGGACACAGUGACAGUAGAGAGACUGCGCUGCAAGGAGCAUGGACAGGAAGGCUCCCUCUACUGUAAGCCAGAUGAGAAAAUUAUCUGCGUGGUGUGUGCUGUGCAGGGUGAGCACCGUGGGCAUGAGAUCAUCACCCUGCAUGAGGCUUACAUGUGGCAGAAGAGCAGAGAAGGUUAUGAUCUGCUGGGCUGUACACAACAGAUGGGUGAGAAGAUCAAGACCAAGUGGACCAACCCCGAGAUGUCAACAGAGGAGCUGGAGGAGUAUGUGAACAGCCAGUUCGAUGAGCUCCGAAAACUGGUGCGUCUGGAGGAGAAGAGGACCCUUCAUCUGGUCGACCUUAAAGAGGCAUUCCUGACAGCAUCCGCUGCUGAGAAAAUCGCAGAGAUCUCCCUUCAAACAGAGCGUCUGCAGGAAGAGAUGGCGCACAUCACACACCAGCUGUGCAUGCUGGAACAGGCUGAGGCGAUAGGUCCUGCAUUGGAGGCCCUCGCAGCAGCACCAGCCCACAGAGUGCAGCACGACAUUGAGGCCAGGCCAAGGCUACCAGAGCCGAGGGCAGACCCCAUGGACCCGCGGGACCUGGAUGACAAUGAUUCUGGACCAUCCAUGGACCACGCCCCCUGAUACCAGCAGAGCAGACUCCCACUACAUCCACCUGUCCUUCAAUGUCUGCUUCAGCUAGCCGUCAGCCCUGUUGAGCUGUCAGACUGGCCCUCUCUCUCGCUCCUUCUCUCUCUCUCUCUCAUUCUGUCAGCCGUCUCCCUCUUACCCCACUCCUCCCCCUCCCCCUCCCGGUGCCUGCUGGCAGUGAACUGACCUUGAAGAGGGCUGCUGCUGUGACAAAUAUGGAUGGCCACGUCUUUUCUGCUCCCCCAAACUUUUUUAAUUCCUCACUAGCUACUAACUUUCUUUAAUUGAAGAACGCAAGUUAUGUGCAAUCAAUUACCAUCAGGCUCAAUUUCCACAGCCAGUCAGAUCCUUGGCUUACUGGAGAGCCUGGCUGACUCAGAGAGGAGCCUGGGUAGGCAGCCGAGCGGAGCAUCUGUUAAGCCUAACAGAUGUCAGAAAUGGGGAAACUCUGUGACGCCGUGUGCAUCACACUUCAUUUAAGCACAAUAUCACUUUUUUUUUUUUUUUUUUUAAAAACAUUCUGGACUCUCCCAGACGUAGAUGAGGAACCUUUAUCAAAUGCCACAAUGCCUUACUGUUGAGAUUUUAAGCUUUGAAUGUGUGUCGUCAUCUUUUAUGAUGUCCCUCAGCUUAGAGAUGUCUUUGAGCGGCAGGUUUGCUACGUUCCACAAGCUCUCUUAGCUCUUUUUUAUCUAAUAAGUAAACAAAAUAAGCUCUCAAAAUGUCAGGAAAGGAAAUAUUCUUAUUCUUAUCUCUUAUUAACAGAAAAAUACUUAUAAAUUCAAGGUCUAAGACCAGCUUAAUCGCUUUGUUCCAGCUGGGAACCAAUUUUUCGGGUUGUUAACCAAUUUAUUUUAGGUGGUAAACUGGAACCGGUUCCAUUUUGGUGGAAUGAGUGGAAGCCACUCCUCAGCUGGCAGACCACUAAAUUAGCUUAAUAAAAUGACAAAAAUCACCAAAAAAAAUAAGUAACGGGGAUGUACUUAGCCAGUCACCGAAAGCCUAUGUAUUUUUCUAGUCGCUAAACCUUAGCGCAGUAUUCGAAAGUUGAUUUAGAAUAGGAUUGUUGUCAAAAAAAGCUUCAAUGUAUUCAGUGCAGCACUAUAUAUAUUUUGAUUGUAAAAAAAACCCUAAGUGUCUCUAGCUUUUGUUCUAUAUGUUGUCUCUUGUAUUUUCCAUCGUGCUGUUGCCUUCACCCCUCCUUUCCCUACACCCUCUGCCCUAACCGCUGAUUCUUUAUGCUUGUAGAUUUGGGCGCACUUCCUUGUAUGCUUGUCAGAUCUAUUAUCAGAAGCGGGGGACAUUUUGACACCUAUUGAUUGGCGAAUGUUGCUGAGUCUUUGUUAGGUGAAAAUCGAACUGUAAUUUGACUGUGCAAAAUAGCACUCCCGCAGUAUCAGCUUUCUCUGCACUGUAAUGUAAAGGCCCAUUACUCCUGGCCAAUCUGCAGCGUAUGACGGAUUGCAAUCCAGAUGAGUGUGCGCACUUUCUACCUUGACCCGCUCAGCCAUGGCUUUCAUUCAUGAUGUACCGCCGCAAGUCUGUCUGUGUCAGCAGUUUGUUUUUAAUGUGAUUGAUUCUGUUGCCUUAAAUUCAAAAUUGAAAGAGGUGUCACACAUAAUAUGUGGGAUAUGUUUGACAACAACAUGACUUUACUGUACUGUAGCACUGCACUAAGAUGCACUGAGAGUUGUAUACCCACCCAAGGGAAAUGUCGGAGUGUCAACAGCCUAUUGAAAUAACUCAGCCUUUAUUCUAGUGUAACAACAGACUGGCUGUCUGAUGUUUCCGCUUGUUUUUAUUUGUCUAUUUUUGUCUUAAAGCUAUAAAUAAACAGACUUUUUCUUA